UGGAAGAAAAGCAAGAUCCGUGUUGCGGACCGGUUGAGAAGACGCAGAGUAGACCAUGGGGCGCCUCGGCUGGCUAGCGCUCUUGUUCUUCUGGAACGUCGGUUCAGGAAAUGGAUGCAAUUAUUCAAGGACAGUCCCUGAUUUUGGAGUCCUCUAUCAUGUCAAAGGAAUCAUCAACCUCCCAUAUGCUGAAAUAGAAGAGCCCUUCGAAGCCUGGUACAACCAUACGGGAAACAAGAGUCGCAUUGAGUACUAUGACGGCCAGGUGGUGACCUUACAGCUAGGAAGUGUGGAGCCAUACGGCACCAUGUUCAAGAUAACACCGGCAACCACAGAGAAAGUGGUGAAUACCAAGAAGUGCUUCCAACUGAAUGGCACCAAAGACGAUCAUGUAAAGCCACAGGGAGUCUUUCCUGACACGAAGGGCUUCAAGCCCAUCAGGGAAGAGUACUAUAAAGGCCAAUACUGCACUGUCUGGCAGAAUGUCUCUUACUGGGGCCACAGGAAGAAUACCUACACCUUGUGGGUAACAAAUACCAGCUGUGGCGUGUCUCCUGUGCACUACGAGAUGAAGGGCUACAACACUCUGCUGGGUUCCCAUUACGACAAGUAUGAAAUAGAUUACAGCGACUUUUCCAACAGCUUCCCAGCUUCUGUUUUCAUCCUGAAGCAGAACGAAACCAAGCUAUGUGAGGAAUUACCAGGUGACUCCGCAGAACAUCACGUCAUGGCAAAUCCUAUGGCAGAUUUUGUUGGGGGACAAGACGAUCGGGCUCACCGCGUAUUCCACCAUUACAGAAAAAAAUUUGGAAAGUCAUACAAUGACGAGAAGGAAAUGGAACACAGAAAGCACACCUUCACCCACAACAUGAGAUUUGUCCACUCUAAGAACCGGGCCAACCUCCCUUUCAAGCUGGCCCUGAACCACUUGGCUGACCUCACCCAAGAGGAGAUAGCAGUGAUGAGGGGGAAGCUCAAGAGCACAACCCCCAACAAGGGGCUCCCGUUCCCUGAAGAGCUGUACGUGGGUCUCAUUUUGCCAGAGAGUUUGGACUGGCGUCUCUACGGUGCAGUGACUCCAGUCAAGGACCAAGCUGUUUGUGGUUCCUGUUGGAGCUUUUCUAGUACGGGAGCGCUAGAAGGGGCUCUCUUCCUCAAGACUGGGCAACUUAUGCCGUUGUCUCAACAAAUCCUAAUUGACUGCUCCUGGGGCUUUGGCAACUAUGCCUGCGAUGGAGGUGAGGAAUGGCAGGCGUUUGAGUGGGUCCUGAAGCACGGCGGCAUUGCCACCACAGAUUCCUACGGACCGUACAAAGGCCAAAAUGGCUAUUGUCACAGCAACGAAACUCAUCUUGUCGGCAAACUCUCAGGUUACGUGAACGUUACCUCUGGGAACAUCACAGCACUGAAGGCCGCCAUCUACAAGCAUGGGCCCGUGUCUGUCAGCAUUGAUGCCGCUCACAGAACCUUCUCUUUCUAUUCCAAUGGGGUUUACUAUGAGCCCAAGUGUGGAAACAAGAAAGGCGAGUUGGAUCAUGCAGUCCUGGCAGUAGGUUACGGCGUCCUCCAAGGAGAACUUUACUGGCUUAUUAAGAACUCCUGGUCCACCUAUUGGGGUAAUGAUGGCUACAUCCUUAUGUCCAUGAAGGACAACAACUGUGGAGUAGCUACCGAUGCCACCUUCCCACUUAUGGCAUAACUGGACAAACCACGUCAAGCCACCUCAAAAGAUGAUCCAGUCCGUUAUGUUUUUUCUCCCCCAAUGAAUCAAGAUCCCCCAUCACUUAAACAUCUCGAAAAUGUUCAGUAAUAUACUAGAACCAUAAUUGUGAAAAUGGAAGAAGACUCAAUUAUUUUUUUUAAAAAAAUGAAUUACUGUUCUUUCUUUGUACCAGCUAAGUUUCACUAUAAGCCAUGUCAUAAAGGCUUUCUGCCUGGAAAA